CGCUGGCAUCCUUUCUCUCAGAUGUUUUGUUCAUGAUCAGAUUUAAUUAUUGAUGAGGCUCCGUAUGGAGCUCUUAUAUAAACUGUGUCUUUAUUGAAACAUCUGAAGCUCUUUGUGUCCGGUUUCUCCGGCUGUUUCUCUGAUAUUUUUCCGGCUUUUUGGAAGAACAUCAGACGGCAGUGAGCCUCAGAUUGGGGAUGCAGGCUCCUUCCCUCCCCCUACCAGAGGACAAAGACUAAAAUGGGUCAGACUCAGGAGACAAGCAGCAGAUCCUCCGCACCAGCCAUCAUGUAACGUCCUCCAUCCUCUGCAGGCGGAGAACAGCCGGGUUCGUUAUUAAGACAACAGAAACGCGUCCUCUGCCUUCUUUUUGUUUGAGCAUCAUGUCCUGUCGGGACGGCUGAGGCUUCUUACUGGAACUAAGCUGGUUUGAACAAACACCGACUCAUCACAUCACAUCGCACUGACCGCCGGAGGGACGAUGGAGGCGGCGCCGAGGUAAUCUGUGUCCCCGCUGACCGCUCAGUUCAUCUCUGUGGAUUUCUGCUGUCCUGCUCUGCACACCGAGGCCUUUCUGAUCUGAGUACGCCCACUGCAGCCAUGACCCCUCCCACCUCUGAACGACCCUUGGGGACGCUCAUGCUGUUCGUUUACGCUGCUUUCACAUUCAUAGUGAUGAUAUCACUUCCCGUGUCAGCACUGGAACCGGAGACGUGUUUCUCCAGGCAGCACCAGAGCGCCAUAGUCGACGUCAGGCUGUCGCUAAACAGACCGACAACAGCCAUGGAUGCCCGGGUGGUCCACUCUGAGCGGGAUUGCGUCCUCGCCUGCUGCUCAGAGGAAGUCAAACCAGGUGCUAAAUGCAACAUGGUGGUUUUCAACGGGAACAAACACGCUGGUGAUGAGAACUGCUUCCUGUUCCACUGUCAGAUGGAGCAGGACUGUCCUUUAACGAAGGCUCAGGAGGGCAUCAACACCUAUGACAUCUACAAAGGUUUACUUCAUCCAACCACUGUGAGACCUCCCACCACUACCACCAUCACAACCACCACCACACUGGCACCAACUACGCCAACAGCUGCACAACCAACAACCCCAAAAAGUAUAACAACAACAAUGCCACCAACCACUAUCACAAUGACAACAACCACUACCACAACACAACCGACAACCACUACCUUACCAUCAACCACAACCUCAACCCCUACCUCCACCUCCACCCCCACCCCCACACCUCCACCCAUCAUCAUAAUUGCCACAAUGGCAGCAGUGACCUCAUCACCCACCACUGCAAAAGCAUCACCUCUUUCCACCACCUCCAUAAAAAAGCCUAACAAAACCACCAAAAAGCAAACUAAAACCUCCAGGAAAGGAAAAAUUCAUCCUAUCAGCAUCACCACCACCCAGCCAACUCAUACUUCAACUCCCACCACAACCCCAAACACCACCCACACCACCACUCCAACCACCUCACUUCCUGUUGUAACAAUGAACAAGGAGGCCAAAUACAGAACUACCGAAAAACUUCAGCCAAACACUGAAACCACCACGACCACGACUACAACACUUCCAACCACCACAACACCUCUAACCACCACACUUUCAACUACCACAACUACCACAACAACCACAACCACACCUCCAACCACCACCACUACUAUUCCGUCAACUACCACCACAAACCCCCCUACUCCUCCUUCAACAACCACUACCACAACAACAACUACCACCACCACCACCACUGAGGCGCCCACCACCAGGACAACGCCCGCGGCGACUCUUUUAAUUGUCCCCAAAGGUGCUGUUCAGUCUGACCACAUCCUCCAGAAUUCAAGUGCUGCCAGAGGCAAAGGGAUAGCAGCACAUGGAGCAAUGAAAAGCGGCAUGGUGGCAUUUGUGGUGCUGGUGCUUGCCAUCCUCACAAUGGCCCUCGCCAUUGGAGGCCGCAAAGCAAUGGAGUCUUUCGACAGACGCCACUACACGAGACUGGAACUCAAUGAUCUGCACUACGAGGUGUGA